AUGGUCACGGACACACGCAGUUACACGGUCACAAACGGUCACACACGGUUACAUGGUCAUGGACACACGCGGUUACACGGUCACAAACGGUUACACACGGUCACAAACGGUCACACGCGUCGGAACCGGCUCCGGCACUCACCACGCUCCUGCCCGCGUUCGCUGCCGCUGCCCGGCUCUUCCGGGGCGCACCACGCCGCCGUCGGCGCCACCGCGAUGCUUCUGGGGACCCCGCCGGUCCCCCCCGCCUCGGCCCCGGGAGCAGGCCCCAAGACCGCUCCAAGCAGAUGCUUCAGCUUGGAUGGGUUCACCAUCCCACAGCUCCUGGUCAAUGGUUUUGCUGCCUUCUUGGUUGAGCUGGUUCGGUUCCUCGGUGAAUCCGUGGUCCAGGUGCUGCUGGUCGGGCUGGUGACAGCCAUCGGUGACCACGUCCUGAAGCCCCUCCUGGUGGCCACAUUCAGCAGCCUCCUGCAGCCCCUGCUGCUGUUCCUGCUCCGGCUCCUCCGCGGCCUCCGGGACCUGGGGGAUCCCCUCAUGGACAUCCUGGCCCGGGCCUGCUCCCAGGUCGCUGUCCUGCUCCGUGCCGUCAGGCUGGUGGAGAUCAACCUAAGGGUGGAGAGAAGGAUGGAUCCUGGGGACAUCGCAAGUGGUUGAGG